GCAACUAUUUGAAAACAAAUCGGACGAGGACGAACACACUGUCAAAAUCAAAUAUCAAAACUCAAAAAUAAAAGUGAGGCUGGAAGAAAACCUUCUCCCCUCCCGGUCUCGCUUCAUAAGAGUAAGUGAUACUUGAUCACUUGAUUUCUACUUGAAUAUGAAAUCUAGUGUUAAAGAGGAAGCUCAAUUUUGUUGAAGGAAGUAAAGGAGUGUUUACAGCGAUGGAAGGCGGGGGAGGGGGGAGGAGGAUAACCGUGAGCCCAAGACCUUGCAGUGGAAGAAGAGUGGUAGCAAAGAAACGAGGUCGUGGUUGGGCUGGGUUUGAUGGCUUCGUUAACAGCGUUAAGAAACUUCAGAGACGCGAAAUCAGUUCCAAACGUGACCGUGCUUUCACCAUGACUGACGCCCAGGAGAGAUUUCGCAACAUCCGUUUACAGGAAGAAUAUGAUACACAUGAUCCGAAAGGCCAUUGUUCUAUGGUACUGCCGUUUCUGAGAAAGAGGUCAAAGAUUAUUGAGAUUGUGGCAGCACGUGACAUUGUUUUUGCUCUUGCACAAUCUGGUGUUUGUGCAGCAUUUAGCCGAGAGACAAACCAAAGGAUAUGCUUUCUGAAUGUCACUGCAGAUGAAGUUAUAAGAAGCUUGUUUUAUAAUAAGAACAAUGACUCACUUAUUACAGUUUCAGUUUGUGCUUCGGACAAUUUCAGUUCUUUAAAAUGCAGAAGCACAAGAAUAGAAUACAUACGGAGAGGUAAACCAGAUGCUGGUUUUGCUCUUUUUGAAUCUGAGUCAUUGAAGUGGCCUGGUUUUGUAGAGUUUGAUGAUGUAAAUGGGAAAGUACUCACUUAUUCUGCACAGGACAGUAUAUACAAGGUGUUUGACCUGAAAAAUUAUACGAUGUUAUACUCCAUAUCAGAUAAGAAUGUACAAGAGAUUAAGAUCAGCCCAGGGACCAUGUUGUUAAUUUUCACUAAAGCUAGUGGCCAUGUUCCUCUUAAGAUUCUAUCAAUAGAGGAUGGUACUGUUCUCAAAUCUUUUAACCAUCUUCUUCAUCGAAAUAAGAAGGUGGAUUUCAUUGAACAGUUCAACGAAAAGCUUCUUGUUAAGCAAGAAAAUGAGAAUCUCCAGAUUCUUGAUGUCCGAAAUUUUGAGCUAACAGAAGUUAGCAGAACUGAAUUUAUGACGCCAUCGGCAUUUAUAUUUCUAUAUGAGAAUCAGCUAUUCCUGACCUUUAGAAACCGAACUGUGGCUGUUUGGAACUUCCGUGGGGAGCUUGUAACUUCGUUUGAGGAUCAUCUUUUGUGGCAUCCUGAUUGCAACACAAACAACAUUUAUAUAACAAGUGAUCAGGAUCUCAUAAUCUCUUAUUGCAAGGCUGACUCUGAUGAUCCAUUAUCGGAAGGAAAUGGGUCCAUCAAUAUCAGCAAUAUCUUGACUGGGAAAUGCCUUGCUAAAAUAAGAGCAAGCAACAGCUUCCCUGUGGAAAAUAAAUGCAUUUUCAAUGGUGAUUGUAGCAGUGGAAGUUGCAAUGUGAAGAAGCAGGUCUAUUCAUCCAGAAUUAGGAGCACGGUUGCAGAAGCAUUGGAAGAUAUUACCGCCCUCUUCUACGAUGAAGAGCGCAAUGAGAUUUAUACAGGCAAUAGGCAUGGACUAGUUCAUGUAUGGUCUAACUGAGUUUGAAUUUGCUUUUAUUUUGAUAAGAUGCAUAAUCGUUCGUCUAAAGGGUUCAAUUGAUUGUGCUUCCUGCUGUAAGAAUGUCCUGUAACUGUAGCAUUAAACGCUCGUGUAUCAUUUAAUUUUUUCUAACUUGUUCAUUUGAACAA